CAGAGCAAAGUGUACAGCGUGGUGAUGGACGAUGUCAUCACAGGGGUGAGGGAGUUUUUCCUGGAUGAGGGACUGGAUGAGCAGGUGCUAUCUGAGCUGCGCCAGCUUUGGGAACAGAAGUUGCACCGCAUGAAUGUCUUUGCUAAUUCUGAGCCUGGCGCUGCAUCUCAUCAGUCUCAAGGGCAGUCUCAACAGCAGCAGCAGCAGCAGCAGCAACAACAGCAGCAGCAACAACAGCAGCAACAACAACAACAGCAGCAGCAACAGCAACAGCAACAGCAGCAACAGACACAACAGACAGCAGGAGGAAGUCCUGCUGUGGUGACCAACUUGGUACCAGUACAGAUUACAGUUCCAGCACAACAAGCUGGGGGAGUGCCUAAGGCUAUUACCAUCCAUGUUCCUUCUAAUGCCCUGGCCAAUGGAGUGGCUGGUUUACAGUUACAGGCUAUCCUAAGCUCUCCCACUGCUGCACAGACAUUUGCUCUCGAGGCUAGCCGGGCAGCAGAAAUAAUCCAGCGCAAGCUGAACCAAGCCCUUGAGGAGAAUGGUAUCACCCUCCCACCACAGCUUCAGCAGUACAACCAAAUUGCCACUACCCAGGUGGAUGGACCUGCUGAUGAUCUGUUGGAGGUCCCCAGCUCAUCAUCGCAUUUAACUCAGCCAGCAACUGUUCCACCACACACUGUCACCGCUGAUAGAAGAACUAUGGAUACUAUCAUCUACAAUAGAUUAAAAGCUACUCAGGUUGAUGGCCAAUUUGGCACUGGAGACAGCUCCUCUGAAAUAUCUGAUGAUGAUGAUGAUGAUGAUGAUGACAAGGAUGAAGAGGAUGACAAGAAGUCCAUAGAUGGAGAAGAAGAUGAAGAUGAGGCUGAGGGGCCAGAAGAAGAACCCCUCAACAGUGAUGAUGACGUGAGUGAGGAUGACACCUCAGAUAUGUUUGACACAGACAAUGUGGUAGUGUGUCAGUAUGAUAAGAUUACUAGAGUGAGAAAUAAGUGGAAGUUCACCCUGAAAGAUGGUAUUAUGAACCUUAAAGGAAAGGACUACGUCUUCCAAAAGGCUACUGGGGAGGGAGAAUGGUAGACUAAACUGUUGGACAAGGCAGAAGGCGGGUCACCUAGAGCUGUGAUUUCAGACAGAGUGUACUUUUUGUCCACUCCUGUGGUACAAAGCUUUGGCUGGAUGUCACUGCACCACUGUGCACUGAUGGUACUGGAUAAUGUGCCAGUGUUAGGCCCUGAGGCACCAAAUUGAUAGUUUCUUAUUCAUCAUUUACAAAAUCAGUAUAUCUUUGUUCCCCUAAAGCUACAGGUUUGAAUAUUUUCUCAUUGUACAUUCAUCAUGUCUGUAUAUAGUCUGCAUUGAUUAUUUGACUUUUUAUUAUUUAGUGAUAAAUAAUGCUUUUGAGUACUGUAUUUACCCAUUCAUUAAGCUGUCCUACCUGUUUUUAUACACAGAAAAGUUAACUUUGACAUAUGUAGGGAGGAAAAUUUGUUUUCAUAAACUAAUGUUCUAUUUAAUAUUGCUGUUUCGAUUUAAUUAUUUUUACUGUAUUUGAAAUCCUCAGCAAUACAAAAUAUUCUAUGAAUAUAUAAUAUUGUGAGAAUGAGAUUAAGUACUGGAAUGCACUUGGCUCUGCAAGCUUCACAAAAGCUUAUUGGUUGCUGGAUCAUUGUAUUGUGUGUGUGUGUUCGUGUGUGUGCAUAUAUAUAUAUAUAUAUAUAUAUAUAUAUAUAUAUAUAUAUAUAUAUAUAUAUAUAUAUAUAUAUAUAUAUAUAUAUUUAUAUAUAUAUAUAUAUAUAUAUAUUAAUGACAGUUCUGACCCUUGUGGCCACAAUAUUUCCCUUGGCAGAACUAUGUUCAUACACAUCCUCUCCCCCUGACUCCCCAUUCUCUUGCACAAAAUCGUAAGUCAUCUAAGUAGACCAAAGGAAGUCUUUCCAUUGUUAGAUGCAAGCCAUACCCCAUCCCAAUUUCCAUCCUCAACUUAUUUCUGACUGUUCUGAGGGUUGAAAACUACUUUGUUCUACAUUCCAUUCCUUGUCACACACAUUCUAUUUGUCUUCAUAGUCACACAGCCAUUGCUGGAUUUGAAUGUGUUAAGUUCUUAGCUCUGGGAAGCUGUAAAGGCCUUACUUAUUAACUUGCAUGACAUUAAUAUGUUAAAAAAAAAUUACAUUCAUAGCAUAUAACAUGGACAUUCAUAUGCAACAUCAUCACUAAUGAAAAUGCAAUCAGAUAAAUCUUAUUUGAAUUAAAAUGAAGAUAUGGAUGUGAUUUGUAAAUAAUUGUUUAUAGGCUAUUUUAUGUUAAAUUAUCACUGAAAUACUACUUCCAAUAGUACUCUGUUAAGCAAACUUCUACUGGUCAGAAAACCAUAAUAAUACAAAUGAAAUAAAACAUGUUCACAGCAUUAAAAAAAAAAAAAAAAAUUGAGAUUCUGUAAGGCCCCUUUUGACUGUAAGUUCUUAGGGUGUAGCUUUUUCAACUUAAGCAUAUAUCUAGCCCUGCACACAACACAGUAUAUCACAUAUAUUGAAGUUUCGUCAUGCUGCCUACUCUCCUUUUUCUGUUACCUUUUACCUCCUUUCAUUCCUUCAUCCAUAGACAGCUUUGAGCUGGGUUCACACAUAGCUGACUUGGUGUCCCUUUCAGCCCCGCUCCAUCUGGAUCAGUGGAAACAGGACUAAACGUGUGGCAUUGUGGCCAUGGUCAGCAGUAAACGUGGGUGGGCAUGUGGGGUCGCCACUGAGCGGCAAAAAAAUGGGAAGUGAGCCAUUUUUUUAUAGCAUGUCUGAAUAAUUUGGGGACAGCCAGGACUGGACGGGACAGUUGUCAGAAAUCAGCAUUGAAUGGCAUUAGAACACCGCCAGGCGGGGGUGAGCCCCCGUCUGGCGGCAGCAGGCAGGGCAAAAACGACAUGAAAAUUGCAUGCCCUGUUUGACAACUUCGUAUCGCCAGCAGUCCUCAGCAAGACACCACUCAUGGCAAUGUCACAUUGCCAGCAGUCCCCAUCAGGACGCCGUGGCGUCCUGACAGGGUUGUACCUGGGUCCUGCAGCCACUUGGCCCUAUCAAGUGUACUGUUUGUGCAACAUAGCCAGUGACGAACCCCCACCUGACACAGGCAGACCCCUGCCAGACCCCACCUUACCCAGGCUUCAGUCAGGGUGAUUCGGGGGUCCAGCGCCAUGGGGACAUGUUCAGGCCAAAAAUGGCAUGAGAUGGGGUGUUAUCAGCCACGAUUGAUCCCGUUCUCAAAAAUUUCUAGGUCGGGACUGAACGGGACAGUAAAUCAGCUAUGUGUGAAUCCAGCGUUAGUUCCAACUUGGGAGGCUACAAUCACCUGCACAGGUUCACUUAUGUAUAACCACCCCAGAGAAGCUAAUGCUAAAAUAUAAAUGUGACAAAAGUAUCAGAGCAGUAAAAUAUAAGGAGUGUGAUUGUCACUAUGGCCAAAACUACAGGAAUUUACUCAUGAAAGAAUUGAAUGCAGAAAAAAUGUUAGUCUUUUUAUUCAAUACUCAACAGGAUGAUUUAUGUUUAUUUUUUACUAAAAAAUUCAAGGACUACUUAUGAUAGAAUUCAGUCAAUUUUUAUUAUAAAGUUGGCUUGAAAUGGGUAAUGCUGUAUGAAUGGUCAGUUUUCCACAUUGUAGGAAUGGGUAAUAUUGUUUAGUUGACUAUAAUAUCCCAUGAGGGAUAUUAUACACCAGAAAAAUAAUUGUUGUGUUCCUAUAUUCAGUGUUGCCAUUUGAAUUAAGGAAAUUAAAAUUUGAUCAGCUUGAAUAA